CAGUGUUGGCAUUAGUAGUUAAGUUGCACAGUGUGUGGAGUGCGUGUUGGGUUUUACUGAUUGUGGUCUAAACACCUCAAGCUGUAGUGGAAAAAUGGUAAAAGGUGGAAAGCGGCAUUUUUCAGUGAGCACUGAUUGCAAAUGGUUUGCUCAUCCAGGUUUAUCAGAAAAUGAGACAAAGACUGGAGAGAACUGUACAAGCACUGGGAUCAUGCUGACUCAAGUGAAGUCAUCGUUGCCUCAGGCUUUAAACUUUCAACGCUAUCCCAAAUGGAAAAGUCAGCAGAAAUCCAGAGAGUAUCCCUUCUCAGACCAUGACAACAAGCACGCCUUAAAAGACGACGUCAUUGUAUUCUCUCAAAGUGUGGGAAGGAGGAGGUGUCUUGAUGAUCGCAGACAGCAUAUCUCCCGUUUCUGCCUGUGCCAUGGUGGAACUGACAAUAGCACCAAAGAGUCUCGAGGGAACGCCACAGCCUACCAGAGUGACUUCAUAGUGAAGGAGGUUGUUGACUCUGCAUCCAGAAACCGCCGCUUCCCUCACAACCACAGGCAGAAGUCUGCAGAGGCAGCUUUGGCACAGGCGGGGGAGACGUUUAUGUGGUUCGGACGAGACGAUUCUGACCAGUCUGACACCCUGCAAGUGCUGGCAGCUACCAACUGCUCAACACCAUCCAAGCCUUAAGAUAUUCUUACAUUUAAUGCCCAGAUGGCAUCAUUAGGGGGCCAUAGCAUGCACAGAGCUUCCUUCACUUGCAUAUGAGCUGUAAUCCAUUAAAAAUUGUAAACUUGGAA